AUGUACAUCGACGAAGUUGAAAAGGCAGUUACAAGCCUUAUCCAAGAACUGCAUCAUUAUGACAUUACCUGUGAAAUCGAAGGACAUAAUCUGUAUUCCUCGAAGCCCAAGGUUCACCUGCUCACACAUCUGCCCAACGAUCUACAAAUAUUUGGAACUGCUCUACACUACGAGACCGAAAAAGGUGAGCAGUUUAACAAACACAUCCAUGAACACCUAAUGCAUACCAAUAGGUUAAACACCUCAAGAGAUAUAUGUUUCAAGUUCGCCAAGCAAUCUGCAAUGAGACACAUCAUUGAUGGUGGUUCAUGGGUGAGCAAAGACAAAAUGAGAGAGAAGUAUGGUAAUUCCACGGCAGAAUUUCUUAAAGAAAACUUUAACGACAAUGUUAAGAAUACCCUGUUUGGUGGAUCAAGAGACUUUGCUGAUAAUAACAACACUGAUGACAUUACAGCAAAAGCACUCUGUGACAAUACCUUUGUGGUGUUUAUGCUCAAGGAGAGUAGAGACCAACAUGCCCAUCCAUUUAUUGGAAAGGUCUCCUCUUUGAGAGUAGAACACUAUCGAGUUGAGAGUAGUCUCCACGCUCAAGUUAACAACUACCUCCUCAUGCAAAGGGUUUCCAAUGAUGCAUCUACUCCACUCGAUCAGCUGAAGAUUGUAUGUAAGCUUGAUAUGCACACAGAAUUUAACAACAAGCUUGUCAUCAAUCUCAGUAAAUUUGGCUCCUACUGGUUCUUUGUUUCCUUGUUUUCGAAUUGA